AUGGCCAGUGCACCGAGAGGAGACCUCGGCAACGUCCUUGUGAUCGGCGGCAACGGCUUCCUGGGCCACCACAUCGUCAACCAGGCGCUGGACUCGUGGAACUGCAAGUCCGUCACCUCCAUCGACCUGCGAUGCUCGCGCAACGUCAACGACAAGGCCGCCUACCAUGAGUGCGACAUCACCGACACCGCCAAGCUGACCGAGCUGCUGCAAACGAUCAAGCCCGACGUCGUCAUCCACACCGCGUCGCCCGUCAUCAGCGGCGAGGGCAAGACGGCUCAUGAGCUCUUCCGCAAGGUCAAUGUCGGCGGCACAAAGGCCGUCAUCGAGGCCUGCCAGAAGUCGGGCGUCAAGGCCCUUGUGUACACCAGCUCGGCCAGCGUCAUCAGCGACAACGAGACCGACCUGUUCAACGCGGACGAGGACUAUCCCGUCAUUCGGGGCGUUCAGCAGAAGGAGUACUACUCCGAGACCAAGGCUGCUGCCGAAGAACUCGUCAUCAAGGCCAACCGCCAAGAGUCCUCCAAGCUCCUCACCACCUCCAUCCGCCCCGCAGGCAUCUUCGGCGAGGGCGACGUCCAGACCCUCGCCGGCUUCCUCAGAGCCUACAAGAACGGCAAGUCCAACGUCCAGCUCGGCGACAACACAAACAUCUUCGACUUCACCUACGUCGGCAACGUCGCCCACGCCCAUCUCCUCGCCGCCCAUCUUCUGCUCGCCACGGCCGCUAGCAGCAUCAUUCCCCUGAGCUACGAGCGCGUCGACGGAGAAGUCUUCUUCAUCACCAAUGACUCGCCCGUUUAUUUUUGGGAUUUCGCCCGCGCCGUCUGGAAGGCUGCGGGCAACGACAAGGGCACCGAGGGAGUCUGGCAGAUUUCACAGGGCUGGAGUAUUGUCCUCGGCUCGCUGAGCGAGGUCUUCUUUGGCAUCAUCAACAAGCCUCCCACUUUCACGAAGCUGAGGGCUGUCGUGUCUACCAUGACGCGGUACUACAACAUCAGCAAGGCCAAGCGUGUGCUGCGGUAUGAGCCUUUGUGGACGCUUCAGGAGGGAGUUGACAGGGGUGUUGGCUGGUUUCUGGAGCAGGAUAAGAAGGAUGCCAAAGCGCAGUGA